UGGUGAAGCGUUUCCGCCAAGAUGGUUGUCGGUGCCUUCCCCAUCGCCAAGCUCCUCUACCUUGGAGUGAGACAGAUGAGCAAACCCGUGGCGAACAGGAUAAAAGCUGGAGCUCGGAGCAGCGAGUUCUUCAAGAAUUACAUCUGCCUUCCACCGGCGCAGUUCUACCACUGGAUCGAGAUGAGAACGAAGAUGCGGAUCAUGGGCUUCCGGGGAUCCGUCAUCAAGCCACUGAACGAAGACGCGGCUGCAGAGCUGGGCGCUGAGUUGCUGGGAGAGGCGAUCAUUUUCCUCAUCGGCGGAGGAUGUAUGGUGUUGGAAUACAGCAGGCAGGCUGCUAACUCGCGCCGCAAAGAGGAGGAACUGAACGAGAACCUCAUAAGCCUGCAAACUCAAAUAGCAGAGUUGACGCUGACGACAGAGACUCUAGGUGCUCAGUUGAGAGAGGUCAACAGGCAACUGCUCUCCUUCCCUGUCCCCACCAAUAAGUGACAAAUCUGUUCUUGUUUACACGCUGCGGCAUAAUGUCGGUCUCUGUGUACGAGAGUGAGAGUACUCCAACAUAGUAGUCACGUAAUGCCUGACAGUUACCCCGCUUCACUCUCUGUUCCACGCCGAAGAGGUGGACAGAAGCAUAUCAGUGCAUUGUGGAUUUGGGUGGUAUCACUGGCUCGUGUUUUUUGAGCAACUAAUUGUAAAGUGGGAAUACUAUGAUAUUCAUAGUGAAUUUCUAAGGUUGAUCUUGCAUCCUCAUCAUAAAGCUGACUGAACAUAAAGAUUGUCAGUAUAUGGCAAUGCUGACUUUAAAGUUAAUUUAUUUUCUAACCACUCCAGCAUAAUUUCUUUUUAAACUAAAUAAUCUUCAUGGUCUUAAAUCACUAAAGGAAUUGUGAUUUUCGUGCUAUAUUGGCUUUGAUUGUGAGUGACUGUUGAUUAUAUGGUACCACAAAAAUAAACAGACAACAAAACAAAUAAACACCAGAUCAUAUCAGUGCAUUUUUUUUUUUUUUUUUACAGUAACUGCCUGCAAUGUUGUACAUUACAUGUCUGCUGGUUUAUGGGGUGAGAUGAUAAUUGCAAAAUAUAUGGUGUGAAAUAAAAUAUAUGCUAUCUGUUAA